AGAAAAGCUUUCGAAGCGGUGGGUGAGAGAGAGAGGGAGAGGGAGACAGGGAGAGUUUUGGAUCGGGGAGGUGAACUGACUGUAUGAUUGUAUAGGAGCGACAGUUUUCUGAGACAAGUUGGGAGCAGGCUUCCACUACUACACCUGGUCAUCAUUUAUCUGGAUAUACUUUGCAACAGACGCAUGAAGGAACGCCGGGUCCUUAACAGCUUGUUGGAGGAUACCAGUUUGUUUUCUUAAAAACUGGGGAGCUUUCAAGCCAGCCCCUUCUCCUCCCCCUCUCCUCCCCUCUCGUUUUCUUUCUGGGUUGGUGACGCGGCUAAGUCGGAAGGAUCUGAACAGCAGAGAAGCAACGAAAAGGAAAUAAUCGAUUGCUGUUUUAAUAGGGUUUUAAAUUGUGUAUGCGUGUGUGCGUGUGCGCGCGCGCGCGUCCACUUGUGAGUGUGUUUGUAUAAAUGUGUAUUGUGUGUAUGUGUGUGUGUGUGGUCGCGCGCGCGUGCACGUACGUGUAUCUAUGUCUGUCUGCCUGUUUAUGUCUUUGUAUGCUUACGUAAUUAUGUGUAGAUUCUUAUUUUCGAUUAGGCUAAAAGUUGGAGUAUAAAUCUUCCAGAAGGUUUUCUUAGUUUUAAUUGAAACGAGGGAGGAUUACUGAAGGAUCCGAAUUCCAUUUAUUUGUUUAGCCCAUGGUCGGAUUCUUUGUUUUUUUCGUUUCCAUAUGUGUCGUGUAUGGAUGUAAAUUUUAAUUGGAGUAUCCCUGUCUAUAUAUAAAGAGAAAGAUUGCCACAGUGAUCCGGAACACCGAGUUAUUUAUUUAAUUUAAGUUUAACUGGCAGAGCUUCUGGACGGAGUGAUGAUGCUUCGUUGAACCGACCUCUUCUGACACUGGUUACCUUGUUGGAUAUAAGAUUUCAUCUUUUUUGUCUUGUGUUUUUCACACUUGGAAUACAAUUUUGAAGAAACUUUAUUAUACACUUUCUUAGAGUGGUUCUCCUAAUUGGAUAGAUAUUGAAUUAAAAAAAAGCACACGAGGAUUAUAGUGUCACGCCAAAUAAGACCUGAAAAUUGGAUAUAAAAUAAAUAUUUGCCCUUCUUAGCAAGAUGAUGUGCGAAGUGAUGCCAACAAUCAGCGAGGCUGAAAUUCCUACCGGUGGAGGAGGGACUAGAGGGUCUGGGUCACCCCUCCAGUCGGAUUCUGAUGGUCAUUUUGAGCAACUUAUGGUAUCGAUGUUGGAGGAGAGAGAUAGACUUUUGGAUACACUAAGGGAAACGCAGGAAACUUUAGGACUAACACAGGGAAAACUACAUGAGGUUACCCAUGAGAGAGAUUCACUGCAAAGGCAGCUUAACACUGCUCUUCCACAGGAAUUUGCAGCACUUACAAAGGAGCUUAAUAUUUGCAGAGAGCAACUACUGGAACGGGAAGAAGAGAUAUCCGAAUUAAAGGCAGAAAGAAAUAACACAAGGCUGCUUUUAGAACACUUGGAGUGCCUUGUCUCACGUCAUGAGCGAUCCCUCAGAAUGACAGUGGUAAAAAGGCAAGCACAGUCUCCGGCAGGAGUAUCUAGUGAAGUGGAGGUUCUCAAAGCACUAAAGUCUUUAUUUGAGCAUCACAAAGCUUUAGAUGAAAAGGUUAGGGAAAGACUAAGAGUUGCACUAGAACGAUGUAGUGCCUUGGAAGAACAGCUGACUGCAUCUCAUAAAGAGCUAGCAAUUUUAAAAGAGCAAAAUAACCUGAAGAAACUGGUUAUCAACGAUGGAACAAUGGAAAUGAAUCACAACACAGGAAGCUUACCAAGCACAAAUGGAAAUAGAUCCUCUGAUGAAUCACUCAAGCAUGAAGAAGAUCUUGCAAAAGUACUGGAGCUUCAAGAGGUCAUUGAAAGGCUGAAUAAAGAACUUUGUCAAAUGAAGGAGAGAUUAGCAACUCUGUCAAGCAAAGUAGUAGAGCUAGAAGAGGAUCUUGAUACAGCUCGUAAGGAUCUCAUUAAGUCUGAGGAAGUUAACACCAAGUUUCAGAGAGAACUUCGAGAGGCAAUGGCACAAAAAGAAGAUAUGGAGGAGAGAAUAACAACUCUUGAAAAACGCUACCUCGCUGCACAACGUGAAGCCACCUCAGUACAUGAUCUCAACGAUAAACUUGAAAAUGAAAUUGCUAACAAAGAGGCAUUGUACAGACAGAGUGAAGAGAAAAGUCGACAGUUGCAAGAAAGGCUAGAAUUAGCUGAGCAAAAACUACAACAGACCCUAAGGAAAGCAGAAACUCUACCAGAAGUAGAAGCUGAACUUGCACAGAGAGUAGCAGCACUUACAAAGGCGGAAGAGAGACAUGGAAAUAUUGAGGAACGUUUGCGACAGAUGGAGGCACAGCUGGAAGAGAAAAACCAAGAACUGUUAAGGGCUCGACAGAGAGAGAAAAUGAAUGAGGAACAUAACAAACGAUUGUCCGAAACUGUUGAUAAACUUCUGUCUGAAUCAAAUGAAAGAUUACAGCUUCAUUUGAAAGAAAGAAUGGCAGCUUUAGAAGAUAAGAAUGCCCUUAUUCGGGAUUUAGAAACAACAAAAAAAAUGUUUGAAGAAGCACAUCAUGAAAAGGAGCAACUUGUAAUUGAAAUUGAAAAUUUGAGAGCAGAAAUUGACCAGAUGAAGUUGAGAAGUAAUUCUUCACUUAAUCAUAAUCGUUCUCAGCUUGGUAGUACUCCAGAUUUCAGGUUUCCCGUUUCUUCCUCUGUGAUGGAUAGUCAUACAGACCACUACAGUGCCUCAGUUUUGCGACGCCCUCAGAAAGGUCGCCUAGCUGCUCUUCGAGAUGAGCCAUCAAAAAAACAUGUACAGACGCUUAAUGAGCAAGAAUGGGAACGAGUACAGCAAGCUAAUGUCUUGGCAAAUGUGGCACAAGCAUUUGAAAGUGAUGUUGAUGUGUCUGAUGCUGAGGAUGAUAGAGAGACAAUUUUUAGUUCUGUUGAUCUGCUAUCUCCAAGUGGUCAAGCUGAUGCCCAAACAUUAGCAAUGAUGCUUCAAGAGCAAUUGGAUGCUAUUAAUAAUGAAAUUCGGAUGAUUCAGGAAGAGAAAGAGACAACAGUCUUGCGGGCAGAAGAAAUCGAAAGCAGAGUGGGCAGUGGAAGCUUAGACAAUCUUGGAAGCAGGUUUAGGUCCAUGAGUUCCCUCCCUCCUUCUUUUACUGGUUCCUCUUUGGCAGGAUCAUCUCCUCCAGGUAGUGGGCAUUCAACCCCAAGAAGAGCCCCACGUAGUCCAGCACGAGAAGUUGAUCGGCUUGGCAUCAUGACUUUGCCACCCUAUGAUUCAUUUUUUAUCCAGACAUCAGUUCCCCAACAGACUAUAGUAUAUUCAUCCAGUCCCUCUCCUUAUUCGACCACUUCGUUUAGUGAUUCUUCACGCAGCUCUCAGUCAUCACAAGACGACAAAGCAACUAUAAAGUGUGAAACGUCACCACCAUCAACGCCUAGGUCCAUGCAUCUAAACAAAGGACUGAUUCAUGCAGCAAGUCAUGAAGAUAUUAGAAGCUCAACAGGUUCCCAAGAAGGUCAGGGUAGCAAUCCCAGUAGCAGUAAUAGCAGCCAAGAUUCUCUAAAUAAAGCUUCGAAAAAAAAGAGCAUUAAAUCCUCUAUUGGGCGUCUGUUUGGCAAAAAAGAAAAAGCUCGACCAGGACCACCUGGAAAAGAAUCUGCCAGCCAGGCAGGCACUCCAGAAGGAGAGAAUUCUCCACCCGAUACCUUGGGACUUGGUAAACUGGGAGGACAAGUGGAAAAGAAUAGAAAACUUCAAAAAAAUGCAAAUACAGGACAUGAACUGCUUGAAGAAGCUCGUAGGCAAGGCUUACCAUUUGCACAGUGGGAUGGCCCCACAGUAGUGGUGUGGCUAGAGCUCUGGGUUGGAAUGCCAGCCUGGUAUGUGGCAGCUUGCAGAGCCAAUGUCAAAAGUGGUGCUAUAAUGUCAGCGUUGUCUGAUACAGAAAUACAACGUGAAAUUGGAAUUAGCAAUCCCCUUCACAGGUUAAAAUUGCGUCUUGCGAUUCAAGAGAUCAUGUCUUUAACUAGUCCCUCAGCUCCUCCAACAUCAAGAACGUCCACUGGAAAUGUUUGGGUUACGCAUGAAGAGAUGGAAAAUCUUGCAGCCACACCUCAGACGGAGGAUGACGAGGGCAGCUGGGCCCAGACCCUGGCAUAUGGUGAUAUGAACCAUGAAUGGAUAGGGAAUGAAUGGCUACCCAGCUUAGGGCUGCCUCAGUACAGAAGCUACUUCAUGGAAUGCCUUGUUGAUGCCCGGAUGCUGGACCAUCUGACAAAGAAAGACUUGCGUGGACAGCUUAAAAUGGUUGACAGCUUUCAUAGAAAUAGUUUCCAGUGUGGAAUAAUGUGUCUACGAAGGUUAAAUUAUGACAGAAAGGAACUUGAAAGGAGAAGAGAAGAAUGUCAAGAUGAAGUUAAAGAUGUUUUAGUUUGGAGCAAUGACAGAGUCACUCGUUGGAUACAAUCAAUUGGUCUUAAGGAGUUUGCAAACAACCUGCUGGAAAGUGGAGUCCAUGGUGCACUUAUUGCCUUAGAUGAAACUUUUGAUCACAAUGCAUUAGCAUUGUUAUUGCAAAUACCCACGCAAAACACACAGGCACGAUCUGUUUUGGAGAGAGAAUAUAAUAAUCUUCUUGCCCUGGGUACUGAAAGAAGACUUGAUGAGGAUGAUGACAAGAACUUCAGGAGAGCUCCUUCUUGGAGGAAGAAGUUCAGACCAAAAGAUGUUAGAGGAAUGAGCCCUGGGUCAGCCGAAACACUCCCUGCAAACUUCAGAGUCAAUUCCACAAUGUCCUCCCCUUCUAUGCAGGCAAAGAAAAUGCAGAUGGAUGGUUGUGUAUCUGAGGUUACAAGAAUGGAUUCUGCUACAGUAAGGACCUACUCCUGUUAACAGUUCCUGUAGUUUAUCCCCACUACUUCUAUAGGUGAUACAGCAUUGUCAAGUGACAUUUCAGAAUUCAGGAGGAAGGAGUUUGUGAUGUAAUGAUACUUCUUAUAAGGACACUAUAAAUAUUUUAUUCAAAGUCUAUAUAGCAAGUUCUCAAAUCUCCUGAGUACUAUAGAGAAAAUAUUUUACAAAAAUGUUGCUUUUAUUUAUGUAAAUUGAUGGAAUAUUCUAUUUUGAGCUUCCAUUUGCUAAAUACUCAUACAACUUUACCUUCUAAGGGGGGACUUUUUUGACUUUUAUAGCGAUAUUUAACCUUUUAAAAUGUAGUUCUUUAAAAAGGAAAAUGAAUGUACAAUGGGAUGUUAAUUUUGAAAGUAAUAAUCCUGUUCUUAUAACACUAAUUUUUUGCGGGUGACCAGGGGUUGUCCGUUAGCCAUGGUUUUCACAUUUCCUCUACUUAUACAAGUUUUUAUGGAUUAAAAAUACAUUAUUUUACAUAAUCUGCCAAUACAGUGGCCUAUUGUAAGGAAAUGCCUAAUUAUUUUGGUCUUUGAGGCACUUUUUUUACUAAGUGGUAUGUCUGAUUUCAGAUACCUUAAAUUUGUGGAUAAUGUGAAAAACAAAUAACGGUAUUAAGCCUGUCAUUGCUUCUUUAUAUCCUAUAAACUCUUUCACUGUGAUACCAAAAUGUACCUGUGGAAAGCCAUACAAAGAAGUUGAUAUUGAAGGGGGAGAAAUGACCACGCAUACUGUGUACACAACCGAAGAUGCCAGUCAGCUGCAAGUUCCCCCGGAGUAAACCUUCAGCACACCACAGAGGCAGAAUACGUUCAUUCCUGUCCUGUCACUGAAAGCCUGCCUAAAGUAGCUGAUGCAAUGGGUUUUCAGUCUUUAACGGACCAAUUCCAACUCACUGUGGCCUCACUUUAUAGGCGAGUCAGAUAAUGCACAGUUUUUAAAAGUUUCUAUUGUACACUGACUUUUAAUCAAGCCUUAUAUUGUUUUUAAUUCUGUUAUAUUUUCCUUGUAAUAAUUGCAUUUUUUCCACAAUCACACUAAUGGCUCAAGUGUUUCUGAAUGUGUAUUUUGGUUCAUUCAGAUGAGCAGCUUCCUCAGUGUUUUUACUUUAAGUUGGGGAUUUUUUCGGACAAUCCCAUAGAAAAAGACCCGAUGUGUUUCUUUGUAUACUGAUGUUACUCUUUUCCAUUACUUUUGGAGUUUAAGAUUAUAAAUAUAUAUAUAUGUACAAUUUAUUUGUUAUUGUACCAUUUAAUGUUUUCUGUUUCUCCUUUUACAUUUCACAAACUUGUAACAAAAUAUGUACAGUCUGAGUACUUAUGAGCUAUUUUUAUCACAGUAUUAUUUAUUGCUUUCAAUAAAAUACUGAAACUUUUUAUUUUCCACUGCCAAUAAAGAAAGAAGACUGAGUCUUUGGUAAAACCUC